AUGGCUCAGCAGCAUUUUGAAUCAGAUCUCCAAGAACGACAAUGUGAGCAACAACUGGGAAAGGCUGUUUUGUUCCGGUUCCUUCGGCGUUCGAUCCUUCUCCAGCUCCACAAAGAACAUGCUAAACACACCAGAGAAAGCUCAGACCUGCAGUCUCAUCAGAGUGACAGGCCACAGACCAACAGAAAGCCCUCCUUGCUCCUGGAUACUCCACGUGUAACAGCCGAGCUGCUACAGAGGAAUGUGGGAUGCUCACUGAAGCCUCGUGCCUACUCCUUUCUCGAACAGAGAAGCGGGAAAGCACCUUUAAGAAAAAAACAGGUUAGAGAGCUGCCUCGUAUCCAUUCAAACCAGUUGUUAUGGAGAUUGCCUCUGGGUACCACAGACACAUUCCAGCUCACGAUCUAUUUUUAUACGACUGUUCUGAGGAUCCGCAGACACCUGUCUCAUUUAGCGGCGAGAAUAUUUAAGCACCAAGAUCCAUUUAAAACAACAGAUAAGCCAGCCUUGAUGGCAUAUUUUAAGCCAGGAAUUCUAUUACUGGAGACUAAGUUUCCUUUGUUCCAACGAUGUCUUUGUAGUACUGUAUCCCAAGCCAAGAAAAUACAACCUGACUCUAAACAAAAUCAGAUGGAAGAAAAUGUAGAUUGGACUAAUCAUAAAAGAAACCUCCUGCUCUUCUAUUGCUGCUCCUUAAAUUAGGAAAAAGAGGAUGUGGGAUGCUGGGUGUGUGUUACAGUCCAAGUACUCAAGAGGCUGAGGCAGAAGGAUGGGGAUGUCAAGGUCAACUAGGGCUAUAUAGCCACAUCAUUUCUCAAGAAAAAGGGUGGAUCUAGGGAGGGGACGAAAGGAUCAGUGAAGAUACUGAGGCCAAAUAUGAUUAGAGCACUUUAUAUGCACAUAUGGAAAUGUCAAAAUUCAUGUACAGUGUAUGCUAAUAAGAUUUUCCAUGGAGCUCGAGAAAGGACCCAAGAAGCUGAAGGGGUUUGCAG